UGUAAAAAACUUUUUAUUAUUUCUGAAAAAUAAAAUAUAUAUACAUUUAAAAAGCUGUUGUUGAAGAAAGCAAAAAUAAAUAUUUAACGGAUAUUCAAACUACUGCAAUGCGACGCGUCGUUAUUUGGCUAUUACUAGCCACAGGCUACGCUCUUUUAGAGCAUACUGGAGCUGGUAAUAUUGGUGCCAAACAGAUAAUGAACUCCGGAACCCAAAUCGCCGGUAGCAAUAAUGCCGUUACUAGCCUUUUGAAUGUGAACCCUCAGGCGGGCGUGGCCGUCAAUGCCUUGAAUUCGGUAACUCAAACGGGUAGUGGUGCAGCUGGUGCAGGCAGGAAUAACAUUGGCUCCGGCCAAGUUAUGAACACCGGCGCCCUCAUCAAAGGCAGCGGUAACACAGUCAGCAGUUUGUUGAAUGUGAAUCCUCAAGUGAAUGCCGACGUCAACGCUUUGAAUUCCGUUAAGCAACAAGCUACUGCUGGGGCCGGAGGUAUUGCUUCGACCGGUAAUAAUAUUGGAGGUAGACAGAUACAAUCAGCAGGCGCUAGUAUUGUUGGUGAUGGGAACACAGUUUCGAGUCUCGCCAACGUCAAUCCACAAGUUAAUGCUGGUGUAAAUCUUUUGAACGCUGUUACACAGACUGCAUCUGGAGUAGCUGGCGGUGGAUUACUAGGCGGAAUAGGAGGUGCUGGCAAUAAUAUCGGCGGCAAGCAAGUCAUGGACCAAGGCACCAGUAUACUGGGUAGUGGUAAUCAAGUCUUUAGUCUGCUAAAUGUAAACCCUCAAGUGAACGCCGAUGUGAAUGCUUUGAAUACGGUGAAACAAGAAGUUGUUGGUGGUGGUGCUGGAUCUAUCGGGUCGGGGCAACAAACUGUGACCCAUAUUGCUCGCGGUUCCGGUAAUACAGUUACGAAUACUGGCCAGCUCAAUCAACAAGUGAGCGCAUGCGUAAACUUCAUUAAUGCGAUCUCACAAUCCGUUCAUACCGCACCAGUUAGUGAAAAGAUUGCUGGUCACGCAGUUGGGGCUUCUAAUAAUAUUGGAGGUCAGCAAGUCAGUAAUUCCGGCGCCAAAAUAGUUGGUGACAAAAAUGUGGUCUCCAGCUUAAUUAAUGUGGAUCCACAAAUCGGUCUUGGUCUAAAUCUUUUGAAUCAAGUUACACAAACGGUUUCCGGUGUAACAGGCGGCGGUGUUGGUGGUAGUGCUGGCGGAAAAAGUGCUGGUCUUUUGGGCGGUGCAGUUAAUAGUGUGGGCGGUGGUGGCAAUAAUAUCGGUGGCAAGCAAGUCAUGGAUACAGGAGCCAACAUAGUGGGUAGUGGCAAUCAGGUUUCGAGCUUGUUGAAUCUCAAUCCACAAGUGAAUCUUGAUGUAAAUGCCUUAAAUGACAUCCAACAGAUAGCGACCGGCUUAACCGGCGGUGCAGACUCGCCGGGACAGUCUGGUAGUGCCAGUCGCUCUGGUGUAGCAACAGGAGUGGCUGGAAACAAAAUUGGCGGCACUCAAUCACAAACCACAGGCGCUCGCGUAGUCGGCGAUGGCAACACUGUUUCGAGUCUCGCGAAUGUCAAUCCGCAAGUAAAUGCUGGUGUAAACCUGCUAAACACAGUUACUCAAACCGUUUCAGGAGCCACAGGUGGAGCAGGUGGUGCUAAAAGUGGUGGACUAUUAGGUGGUGUACUGGGUGGACUCGGCGGCGCAACCAACAAUAUUGGUGGCAAGCAAACUAUGGACACUGGUACCAGUAUUGUAGGUAGUGGCAACACGGUUUCCAGCUUACUGAACCUCAAUCCCCAAGUGAACGCUGAUGUCAAUGCCUUAAAUGCUGUGCAGCAACAAGCGACUGGUGUGACUGGCGUAACCGGUGGUGUAGUAAAAUCUGGGAAACAAGGCGUAGCUGGUCGACCGGUUCUGGUGGCUGGAGGAGCUGGAAAUAAUAUUGGAGCCACUCAACAACAAUCCACAGGAGCGCGCAUUGUUGGCGACAGGAAUACUGUUUCAAGUCUUGCGAAUGUCAAUCCACAAAUUAAUGCAGGCGUAAAUCUACUUAAUACCGUUACGCAGACAGUAUCCGGUGCAGCAGGCAGUGGAGGUGCGGGAAAAAGCGGUGGGUUAUUAGGUGGCGUACUAGGUGGACUUGGUGGAGCAACCAACAAUAUUGGUGGCAAACAAAUUAUGGACACUGGUACCAGUAUUGUAGGCAGUGGCAAUACGGUUUCCAGCUUACUGAACCUCAAUCCCCAAGUGAACGCUGAUGUCAAUGCUUUAAAUGCUGUGCAGCAGCAAGCGACUGGUGUGACUGGCGUAACCGGUGGCGCCGCCAAGACAGGUAAUCUUGCUGGUGCAAGUCGUCCUGUUGCUGGAGGUGCUGGAAAUAAUAAUAUUGGUGGUAGCCAACUCCAAUCCACAGGAGCUCGCAUAGUCGGCGAUGGCAACACGGUUUCGAGUCUCGCGAAUGUCAAUCCGCAAGUAAAUGCUGGCGUAAAUCUGUUAAGCACAGUUACGCAAACCGUUUCUGGAGCCACGGGGGGAUCAGGUGGUGGACUUCUAGGAGGUGUUCUUGGUGGAAUCGGUGGUGCUACGAACAAUGUUGGUGGCAGACAAGUCAUGGAUACAGGCAGUACCAUACAAGGAAGUAACAACCAGGUUUUCAGCCUUUUGAAUCUUAAUCCCCAAGUGAACGCAGAUGUUAAUGCGCUAAACGCUGUCAGUCAGAAAGCGACUGGUCUGGGAGCUUUUACAGGAGCUGCAGGCGGCGUUAGUCGUGCUACAGGAGCAGGUGGUGCUAAAGCAACAGGAUUAGGGCGUGUUGGAAACAAUAUCGGAGGCAGUCAAGUUCAAUCAACUGGAGCUCGCAUAGUCGGCGAUGGUAACACUGUUUCGAGUCUCGCGAAUGUCAAUCCGCAAGUAAAUGCUGGUGUAAACCUGCUAAACACAGUUACUCAAACCGUUUCUGGAGCCACGGGUGGUUCGGGUGCUGGUAAAAGCGGUGGACUAUUAGGUGGUGUACUGGGUGGACUCGGUGGAACAACCAACAAUAUUGGUGGCAAGCAAAUGAUGGACACCGGCACCAGUAUUGUAGGCAGUGGCAACACGGUUUCCAGCCUACUGAACCUCAAUCCCCAAGUGAACGCUGACGUGAAUGCCUUAAAUGCUGUUAAACAGCAAGCGACUGGUGUGACGGGCGUAACCGGUGGUGCAGCCAAGGCAGGCAGCGUAAGUCGCCCUACAGUAUCCGGGGGUGUUGGAAAUAAUAUUGGCGGCACUCAAUCACAAUCGACAGGAGCUCGCAUUGUAGGCGAUGGCAAUACGGUUUCGAGUCUCGCUAAUGUGAAUCCACAAGUUAAUGCUGGCGUAAAUCUUCUUAAUACUGUUACACAAACCGUUUCUGGAGCCACAGGCAGUAGAGGUGCGAGCAAAAGUAGUGGUCUAUUGGGUGGUGUGCUUGGUGGGCUCGGUGGUGGAGCCAAUAAUAUUGGUGGCAGGCAAGCCAUGGAUACAGGGACUCGCAUUGUAGGCGAUGGCAAUACGGUUUCGAGUCUCGCGAAUGUGAAUCCACAAGUGAACGCUGAUGUGAAUCUAUUAAACUCGGUUACACAAACAGUUACUGGUGCAAGUGGUGGUGGCGGUUCAGGUGGUGGCUUAUUAGGAGGCUUACUCGGCGGCUUGGGCGGUGCGACCAACAAUAUCGGUGGCAAGCAAGUCAUGGAUGCAGGCACCAGCAUACUUGGCAGUGGUAAUACCGUUAGCAGCUUACUGAAUGUUAAUCCACAAGUGAAUGCCGAUGUCAAUGCCUUGAAUGUGGUGAAUCAGCAAGCCAGUGGCGUAGAAGGCGUCACUGGUGGUGACACCAGUUCUGCAGGUGGUGUGCAACCUGCAGUAGCAGGCAGACCAGUGCGGCCAGGAAGCGCUGUAGCCGCUGGCAAUAAUAUUGGUGGCAGUCAAACACAAAACAGCGGGACCGUGAUUCAGGGGUCAGGUAACGAGGUGUUCACCUUGGCCGACGUGGCACCACAACUUGAUCUCAACAUUGACUUACUCAAUGCGGUGACGCAAACCGGUUCUGGAGGUGGAAGCGGCGGCGGUUUACUUGGUGGCUUACUGGGUGGUGGCGGCAGUGGCAGUAAUAUCGGCAGUAGACAGCAAAUCAAUGAUGCUACCGUUAUUCGUGGUGACAACAAUAAGGUAAGCACUUUGGCCAAAGUUAAGCCACAAGUGGGUGUGAAUUUGCAAGUGCUCAAUCAAGUCGAGCAGCUUACCGGUCUUGUAGGCGACAUUUUGCAAGAUCCAUCUAGUGUGACGAAUAUAUUGUUGCCCGGUUCGGAUGGUGAAAUGGACUGUGGUGAGAACAAUAUCGGCAAUGUGCAGGAGCGCAUAUCCGGUGCUGAUAUUGUUGGCAACAAUAAUGAAGUCUUCACCGGGGUUGACAUAAGUCCACAAAUUAAUGCCGAUCUGAAUAUCUUGAAUAGUGUAAGGCAAAGAGUGCAUUGCAAGCCGAGAAUUAAACCAACCACUCCGCCGCCAACCCUUCCACCAACUUUGCCGCCUACUUUACCGCCGCCAACUUUACCUCCAACUUUACCACCAACUCUUCCACCAACUUUACCACCAACUAUUCCACCAACUUUGCCUCCAACUUUGCCUCCAACUCUUCCACCCACUUUGCCUCCCACUUUACCACCAACUCUCCCUCCGACUUUACCUCCUACUCAACCACCGACCUUGCCACCAACAUUACCACCAUAUCCUCCAUUGCCGCCAUUGCCACCAUAUCCCAUAUAUCCAGUUUAUCCGCCAUAUCCAGAAUAUCCCACAUAUCCACCUACACAUUUGCCAUACUAUGGGCCACAUGCACCUAAAGCACCAUCGCCAGCUCCAAUUCCAAUUGCACCACCUCAAGCACCGUCGACUAAUUGCUUUGAAAUAACCGAUUUUGAUGUCGACGGCACGAAAGGAAAAACACGUGUAGUAUGUGUGCCGAAGCCAGCAGUUUCACCGCAGAAUCCUUCACCCCAAAUAUUAGUCUUACCUCCUGCAGUACCACGCCCAGCGCCAAGAACACGUUGCUAUCGUCGGCGUUGCAACAAGUGGAGCACAUCGAAAGGUGCUGAGGAGUGUUGUAAUGAAAAUCAUUCUCAUCAUGCUGCACCAGUUGCUCCAACAUCGACUCCAAUUCAACAUUCGCCACAGCAACCACAGCCAUCGGAUUACGUGAAAUCGGCACAACCUGUGCAGAUAAGACUUGAUCACUUCUAUCCUUAAAAUAAUGUAUCGAUAAUGUAGACACUCUUUGAUAAUAAAUGAU